GUGUUUUGAAAAGCAAUUCUGAUGCUAGUCCGCUGCAGCCGUGCGGUGCUGCCUCUGGUUCUUGUCUCCAGCCUCGGCUCUGAUGUAUCCUCUGGCUACUUAACAGGUGACUUUCAGGGGCUGGGAGAGAUUAGCUCUGCAGAUCUCUGCUCACCCACGAGGGAACGCCGGGUUGUCGUGCUUAAUUAAAGGAAUCACUCAGGUCUUUAAAAAUCACCAGCUUUUGUUUAAGGAAUCGGGUCUUUGAUCUCCAUUUAAGAGGAUAUGCUAACCUUGUUUUGCUGCCAGUAGGAACGAUGUUCUCUAAAUGACUGGUGGUUGAAAGCAACCACCAUUUAUAGCAUGUGGAUUUAUUGUGCUGAUGCACUUCUAACAAAAUCAGACCCAGAAAUGCCGAUGUUCGUCGGAUGGGGAUGAUCGUCCCCAUCUGUUUUCUCUCUUGGGCGUUCUGGCACCUUCUGUGACACCUUUUUGAAGACACCCGCUGGGCGUUCCUGUACGAAGGAAUCUCGGGAACUUACUGCAGGCCUCUGUGUUGUCUCCAUAAUUCAGGCUUGCUCCCAGUUUAUUGGAUCUAGCUGUCCUGCAGAGCCUGGCUGUGAUGAGCUUGCAGGGUGAAGGACUUUUAGAUGGCAUUCAGUUCUCUGAGAGCAGUAAGCAGGCAGCGUGGUGCCAAUGUACAUCAGCAGUCUGUUGCUAGAUGGGCAGAUAUGACAGAGGCAGGUGUGCAGGUUGUGGCAGUAGCUGUGCUGCGGACAUACGAGUUCCUGAAGAUGGUCUGGCUCAGGGUGGCUGUAGCUGGGCGGGCCGCAGGCGUCCUGGGAGGGCUGUGCAAAUGGGAGGCUGUUUCCUUUUCCAAGGCUUCUGUUGGCACAGCACCGCUCUUCCUUCGGUAUCACGAAGAGUUGCUAAGAUAGUUGGGUGAAUCUGCUUCUUUCCCAUGUAGAUGUGAAAGGAGCCUGCUAGCCUCUUAAGCAUGAGAAAUGUUAAUUCAUACCAGAAUUUAUGCAGCAGAACUUGUUUCCAUUACUUGUUUGGAUGCUAGAAAAGUCUGACUUGUCUGCGCUGCCUGUUUCGCCACCAGCAGCGUCUCACUUGGCAUCUGCACUGCCGAGUACCUGCAUCUGUUUGUUACCUUUCCCCUGCCUGCCUGUCAGUGGGAACAGAGCUUCUCGCCCAGCAUUCCUUGCCUAAAUUCCUCUUGUAGGAAUCUCUGUGUCCUCCCAUGAUGAUUUUCUUUGGUUCUGCUUUUGCUUCCAUGUUCGUUCUUCACAGUUUCUUCCUGAUCUCAGGUUCAUUUUGAUCAAAUUUUGAGGCGGUCAGUCUUCUGUUGCUCACAAAAGACCCAAAGUUACAGCUCCAUUUAUCCACUUACGUGUCCUAUCACGAAAGGGAACGAGGCGUUACCCUGGGCAGACGUUGCAGCCUCAUCCCCGCACAUGGUGUGUCUGCAUCUGAACCCAUUCCUCAACGAUUCGAGCUGAAGAGCCAGCUUCUUCAUAGUGGCUCGGAGUCAGGUGAUGCCCCCCGUCAGGGAAAAUCUCCUCUUCACAUUAUUAGGUUUUUAUUCUCCCUUUGGCAAAAUUGUUUGUUUUGAUUACUGUAGGUAUUAUUAUCAUUGUUGUUUCAUUUUUCAAACAUAGGAGUGUAUAAACAGGGGUAGAAUGUGAGAAAAAUUCUCGCUGUUUGGACAAUUAAAUAGAAAGGAGAAUUUUCAGUAUUUCCUGACAGCUGUUAGCCUUUGGGCUCACUUGAUCUUUCUGAACACUUACGUUCCUUUGCUCAGGUCACUUCGCCCUUUGCUGGUGUGUGUUUCGUCUCGCCUUUGUUCUUUUCCACGCUGCCGGCUCAGAAGGCAUCUUCUUCCUUUUAUGUCGCUCAGAUGGGAUCCCUCUGCGCUGUCAGAUCUGUUCGUGGUCAGAAGCCCCGGGUUUGGCACCUGGUCCUGCUGGAGUACUUUGUUGCACCUCUGCUGAGCAGUUCUUCCUUUCAGAAGACCACAUUUCUUUCAGUUACUGGUUACAUUUCUCUGACUCCUGGUCUCUUGCUCAGGGCCCUGCAUGCUGGAGCUGUGGGAAGAGGGAUUUUUUCACAGGCUUCUUCAUCCUUCACUGUCAUUUUCCCCCCUCUGCUCCAUUUCCAGAACUUCUAUGGAUAAAUGCGGCUCUAAUGACCACUGUUAUGCUGAUAUGUCUUUAUUGAUGUACUUUCUGCUGCCCAGUAGUACGUUUCGGGUUGCCUUUAUGACAGUUGUUGUUUUCAACUCUUCUGACCCAAACCAAAUUACUGAUCUUCCUGCGGGGUGCUCCUCAGUUUCUUCUGUCCUGUAGACCCCACAUCAGCCUCUCUGUUGUCCGCAUCCCUCCACGGGAUGUUAUCUCUGUCUUUUUCCCUUUUUUCUUUCUCAGAUGGGGAUCUUCACACAUAGCCUUGAGAAGAUCCGCAGCACCUGUUUUGGCCGGGCUCUUGUCCUGAUGGGUCCUUUUGCGACUCAAUUGCAGGAAUCCUCUCCCCUUUGGUACUUGUCCUGUGGGCUUUGCAGCAUGGUCUUCACCCAGGAGGCAGCUGAUGGGUUCAUUUUCUUGUGUGAUUGUUCUGGCCCUUUUUAAUCUGUUUUCCUGUCCUUUUUCUUUGUCUUCCUUCCAAAACCAGUCUUUCUGAAUUUUGUACACAAGCUGUGCCUGUAGAAGUCCAUAUCUAUUUCUCAGCUGUUGGGACUUUUCUAUAUUUGCCAUAGACUUCUCAGUUCAUGUCACCUUCUUUGUAUAAGGAUCUUUGCCCUCUGUGUUGUGCAUGGGUAGCUCUUCCUCUUAACGUAAGUCCUUAUCCAUAUUUAUUUUCUGCUCAUAAGUGUUUUCUUAUGGCUUCUGCUGAUCUCUACACUUUAAUAAUCAUUAUACAUCACUACUGUUAAUGUAUACAAACUGUACAUCGCUUGUGUGACUCCUUUUUUGAUCCCCAUUCUUCUUAUUGUGUGAUUGUCUACCUCUCAAAUCUGAUCAUAGAGUUUGACAGUAAGCUGAGGAGCUGUCUUACAUGAAACAGCAUUUAGUACAGUGAAAGAAGGGCCUCAAAGCAUGCCGUGGUGUAAACAAGUAUUUAAUACAGCAAUUAAUUAAGUAAAAAUAGGUUAAAAGACACAUCUGAUGUCCCAAGGAUGCAUAUGGAGUGUUUAAUAGAUUUAGUAGAGAUGUGGAGAAAGGGAUGAGGAAUGAAUUUCAUAAAUUUGCAUCUCCUCAUACACCUAAGGACUUAAAUGAGCUGUGACCAUCCAGGAGAAAGACUCAGAUGUCUUUGCGGUUGCCUACUAUGUGGCAGCAGCCACUGCUACUAAGAAAAUAAAUUAAAUGUUAACUUCAUUCAGAAGUGGGACAGAGGGUAGUGCAGAAGAUGUUGUAAAUCAGUUGGAAUAUACUUACAAGAAUAUAUAUAUUUUUUCAUGUUGAUUGUCUGCAUGACAAAUAAGCAAAAGGAGGGGUAACCCAGAUGGCAGUGACAGUGGGAGGGUGGUGAAGACUUCAUCAAUAAGAGACUGGGAAGCUGGUGGUGAUUGGGCUUUGUAGGAAGUACGGAUGUGUUUUUUUCAUAUUACCUGGGGAUGGAGAUUGAUUAGGAGAGCUGUAAAGUCGCUGUCGCUGGAGGCUGUUACAAACUGGUUAAAGAAGUAAACGUCUGUCAGAGAUGAUGGAGACAUUAGUGACGCUUUAUUGAGAAAAGGAAGGACUGGAUGACCUCAAGGAUUCAUGUUUCAGUAUGGCAUAAAAUGGUGUUUAUUCUGUUAUAAUGGGAGGAACCAGAGGUGUUUUCCCUAGAUUGAAUGAUGAUCUGUUUUAAGUAGAUAAUAGUAAUUGUUUCUUUCAGCUGUAGAAAUCACUACAGAAGCAGUGAUGGGAGGAGAAUAUGGGGUCUGAAAAAAAAGCCAAAAACUUUGCUACUGAAAUAUAUGUCAGCAAUUUUCAUAUUAUCAUGCAUAUAAGUGCUAUCUUGUCAGUGUCUAAAUGCCAGAAGGGGUAGAGAAGAGCUUCAUGAACAGUCACUUUUGAACAGUUUGUUCCACUUGCCUAAUACAGGGUGCUCUGUGCUAGGACGUUGUCAGAGCAGUUUGUGGAACAGUCACUGGUUAACUGCAUAUGCAUUUCCUGUUUUAUUAAACAAGGAGAUGUUUGGGUUGAGCUUAAGGCAGCCCGGGGAAUUCAGCAUUUGUUUGGGAAGGUUCUUGCAGAAGACUGGUAGUGUAGGAACAUUGCAUGGCGCUGAGAAGCGUAAGCAAGCUGCCAGCGGGACCGGAGGGUUGGUCUUUGCCUCGCUCUGAGCUAGUUGCAAAAGAGUUCACACAUAAUUAAGAACAUCAAAUCAUCCUAAUUCUUGAUAUGUUUUUAAUAAGUAGUUAAUGAGACUUUGCAGAAUGAGCCUGUUAAAAAUAUCCGUGUUGUCCACUGGGAGAAGUUCAAUAUGCUGGUACACAGGGGUACACAGAUGUGUCCGGUAUGUGAGACCUUGGAGUUGCUCUUCUGUUUUCUUCCAAAAGAAGCGCUGUAGAAACAUGAAUCCAGUUACACCGGAUCAUUCAGCCCCAGGCCCCCUGGGCCCCCAGCCCCGUGGGGAGUAGCAGAAGACUGCAUGGAAGCUGCAAGGCAAAAAAUUAGCAGUACUUCUUCCAAGUGCUCUGCACUUCGUAGCUCUGGAGUUUUCUGACCCAGAGGGGUAACUGCAUAUUUAGUACCUCUGUGAAUUUUAUGUAUGGAAAUCAGUGUGCUGAUAUUUCCCUGAAUGCACAUAAACUUCUAGCAGGCACAGUGCUCUGUGUCAGGAAAUCUUUGCAGCUUAUCUUACAUAAAGACAUGCCUGAUGCUACCAGCUGUUAGCUGCUGUCUGGUUCUUGUAAGGGAAGAGACAGUGGGGACUUGAUCGGUCUCCUCCUCCUCCAUGACAUUGCAGAGCUCUGCACUCUGUCCCCUCCCCAAACCGCUCCUUUUACAGAGUGAGAAGGCAUAUUCUGGCUGUUGUUCCUCACACCGAAUCCAUUCCACAGCACAUUAGAUCACUGCAGUGGAUGUGAUCUGAUGUAUUAAAAGUAGCAAGCUGAUUGAACUCCAAGGCAGUGCAUUGGGUUUGCUGUUUCAAUUCCAAAGGCUGUUUUGUUUUGUUUGUUUUUGGACUGUUUGUAUCCUAGUGCUUUGUUUGAGGCUGGGUUGUUCUGAGCUCUGAAUGGGCACACAUGAAAUACAUGUUCGCUGACCUUUGUCUUAAGUUACAGCUCACAGUUCUGUAAAUGCAAUAUUUUUCAAGUUAAAGAUUUUUUGGAUUGUUGUUGUGCACAUUUCUCAAAAUAGAUGGAACUUGGAAGUCACAGUGGUGGAACACUUGGACCCUAUUUCUAGGAUGUGAGUGCUUUUGGGAGAUGGAAGGUGAAUACGGCAGUGAGCAUAAGAAUGGAAAUGUAGAUGUUUCUGCUUACUGCAUUUGUAAAACAUCUGUAGAUGUUAAAAGCAGGAACCCAUAGGAGGUCGUGUCUGUAAUUAUUGUAGGGUGGGGGAGAAGCUGUCUACAACUUGUUUUGUUGUAGAAGUCCAUUUGGAAAUGGUACAUCCAGUAGGGCAUCCUCUGUUGGGAAGCCAUUUGUGUAGUCACGAUUCUGUUGCCACGAGACAAUAUCACCUUAGCUAAAUUUCUUAGCUGUUACGUAAAAUUCUGGUGAGCUGUUCUUAGCUCGAGACAUCAUCUAAUAUCUCCUCUUGCUUGUACCUUAAGUACAUUAGCAGCUACUGCAAUGUUAUGUUGUAAAGAAAGGUUGCCUAGCCAAGGUUGCUCCUGUUUUUAGUUUCCAAGCUACUCUGUGAUUUUUGUUGGUCUUAUGAAAAUGUGUCAGUUUAUUUGUUAACACGAGGCCUGUAGUUGUUCACUGCUUGCCAUCAGAAUCCUCUUACGUAGUACCAAGGUGGACAGUCUUUGCUUUUCAGAACUGAGUUCCUGUAUGUACAGCUCAGUGCUAUAUUACAUUGCAGUUACUCCCAACUCUCUGUUUAGCCCCUUUCUAAAUCUUCUGUAGGUACCUUUGCUUUUUCUGACACUUUCUUUUCCUUGUACCUAUCAGUUCUCCGUGUUUUUGUCCUCUCUUGCUAUUUUCAGACAGCAGCCCUCUUUUUAUCUACAUCAUCAUUUUGGCUACUAUGAUGUUGAUGCUGCUUGAGAAAAGCCUUUGCAGUAGAAAUUCACAGAAGAGCAUCUCUCCACUGUUGUCUCAUUUCUUACAUCAGAGGGAAGUUCACAUCAAGAAUGGCUGAGGUUGGAAGGGACCCUAAAGAUCAUCUGCUUCCAAACCCCUGACGUGGGAAGUGUUGUCAGCCAGGGCCCCAUCCAGUCUGGCCUUGAAUGCCUCCAGAGAUGGGGCACCCACAGCUCUCUGGGCAGCCUGUGCCAGGGAUUCACCACCUCUGAGGAAAUAUUUUUUUCCUCACAUCAGACCUAAAUCUCCCCUCUUUUGGUUUAAAGCCAUUCCCCCUUGUCCUGUUGCUAUUGGACCAUGUACAAAGUUGCUCUCCCUCCUCUUUAUACUCUCCCUUUAAGUACUGAAAGGCUGCAGUGAGGUCCCCCCGGAGCCUUCUCUUCUGCAGGCUGAACAAGCUCUGCUCCCUCAGCCUUUCUAAGUAGGAGAGGUGCUCCAGCCCUCUGCCCAUCUUUGUGCCCUCCUCUAGAUCUGCUCCCCCAGCCCCACGUUUCUCUGUACUGAGUGCUACAGGUCUGGAUGCAGUACUCCAGAUGUGGCCUAACGAGGGCAGAGCAGAGGGGGACGAUUCACUCCCUGCCUUGGUGUCACUCCUCAGUUGAUGCAGCUCAGGAUUUAACUGGCCUUCUGGGCCACAAGUGUGGAUUGCUGGCUCAUGUCCAGCUUUUGUCCAUCAGGAACCCCAAGUUUUUCUCAGUAGGGCUGCUCUCAAUGAGCUUUUCCCCCAGUCUGUACACUCUUAAGAUUGCCCUGGACCAAGUGCAGCACCUUGUUGAAACUUGUUAGGUUCACAUGGGUGAACCUGUUCACUUUUCAAGCUUGUCCAGGUCUCUUUGGAUGGCAUCCCUUCGUUCUGUUGUAUCAACUGCACCACUCAGCUUAGUGUCAUCUGCAAACUUGCAGAGGGUGCACUCAAUCCCAGCAUCUGUCAUUGAGAAAGAUAUUGAAGAAGACGAGUGGUGUCCCCCAGGGGUCAGUGCUGGGACUGAUACUCUUUAGUAUCUUCAUCAGCACUGGCAGUGGGGUCAAGUGCCCUCUGAGCAAGCUUGCUGCUGACACCAAUGUGUGGGGUGCAGAGGGGGUGGGAUGCCAUCCAGAGGGACCUAGAUGAACUGGAUCAGCAGGCCCAGGUGAACCUCAUGAGUUUCACCAAAUCCAAAUGCAAAAUCUUCCACCUGGGUCGAGGCAACCCUCGCUACCAAUACAAGCUGGGGGAUGAAGGGAUUGAGCACAGCCCUGCUGAAAAAGAGCUGAGGGUGCUGGUGGAUGGGAAGCUGGACAUGAGCCAGCAAUGUGUCCUCGCAGCCCCAAAAGCCAACUGUAUCCUGGGCUGCAUCAAGGGAAUCGUGGCCAGCAGGUCCAGGGAGGUGAUCCGGCCCCUCUGCUCUGCGAGGCCUCACCUGGAGCACUGCGUCCAGAUGGGGAGUCAUCAGUAUGGGAGAGAUGUGAGCCUGUUGGAGUGUGUCCAGAGGAGCACCCAGGGAUGGAAUGCUUCUCCUAUGAGGACAGACUGAGAGAGCUGGAGAAGAGAAGGCUGUGAGGUGAUCUGAGAGCGGCCUUCAGUAUCUAAAGGUGAUCUGCAGAAAGAAGGGGGCCAACUCUUCAGCAGUGUCUGCAGUCAUAGAACAAAGGAAAAUGGCUUCAAGCUUAAAGAGGGCAGAUUUAGUUUGGAUAUCAGGAAAAGGUCUUUUUACAGUGAGGGUGGUGAGGCACUGGAACAGGUUGCCCAGAGAUGUGGUUGAUUCCCUGUCCCUGAGGACUUUCAAGGCAAGGCUGGAUCAGGACCUGGGCAACCUGAUCUAGAUGUGGUGUCCCUGUGCAGUUGGACUAGACGGCCUUUAAAGGUCCCUUCCAACUCUAAGGAUUCUGUGAUUCUAAGAACACCAAUCCCAAGACAGACACCUGCUCAUCACUGGCCUCCACCUGGACAUAGAGCCAUUGACCACAACCCUCUGGCUGCAGUUGCAUCCAAAUAAUUCUUUAUCCACUAAACAGUCAACUCUUCAAAUCCUUUCUCUCCAAUUGAGAGAUAAGAGUGUGGCGUUGAACCAUAUACAAAGCCUUGCAGAAGUCCUGGGUGAUGACAUCAGUUGCCCUUCCCUUUGUCCACUGAUGCUGUCAUAUCAUCACAGGAGGCCACCAGACUGGUCAGACCCAAUCUGCCCUUGGUGAAGCCAUGCUGGCUGUUGUGGAUCAUCUCCUUGUCUUGCAUGUCCUUUAAUGUAGCUUCCAGGAGCACGUGCUCUGUGAUCUGCCCAAGCACUGACAUGAAGUUCACUGGCCUGUAGUUCCCCAGGUCUUUCUUUAUCUCUUUCUUAAAAAUGGGAGAGAAGUCAUGGGGGGGCUUCACCUGACAGCCAUGACUUUUCAAAUAUGAUGGAAUACGGCUCAGCAACAUGAGAAUGAGGGCAAAGGCACAGGCAGAUCCUCAUCCAUAGCCAGUGGUACUUCACAGGUCUUCAAGAGACGUAAUAGUACUGCAGUACUCUUCAGUAUCAUGACAACUUUUUAAUGUCAAUAUUGUGAAAAAUGCAGUCUGCUGUCUGCUACUGCCUUCUCUUGUGCGUGUGUUUGAGAGCAGAACAAACCUUUAGCGACCUGGGAUGCCAUCAGGAGCUCGAAUGCCCCACCAGGGGGCUCCCAUGGGUCCCCCAGGCCCUCCAUAUGUUGGAAGCCCCUCGGUGAGACCUGGGAUGCCCCAGACUGUGAUGGAAACAACAAGAAAACGCACUGCACCACAGCAGGUCCAACAACAGCAGGUGCAGCAGCAAGUGCAGCAGCAGCAGCAAGCUACUCAGAACCGAACUAGGAGUGCCAAGAGGAGGAAGAUGGCUGACAAAAUUCUCCCUCAGAGGAUCCGGGAGUUGGUUCCUGAGUCCCAGGCCUACAUGGAUCUGCUGGCUUUUGAACGCAAACUAGACCAGACCAUUAUGCGGAAGCGCGUGGAUAUUCAGGAAGCACUGAAGAGGCCAAUGAAGCAAAAGCGGAAGCUGAGACUUUAUAUCUCCAACACAUUUAAUCCUGCAAAAUCUGACGCUGAUGACUCUGACGGCAGCAUCGCAUCAUGGGAGCUUCGUGUGGAGGGGAAGCUCCUGGAUGACCUCAGCAAACAGAAACGAAAGUUUUCAUCCUUUUUUAAGAGUUUAGUCAUUGAACUGGAUAAAGAUCUUUAUGGACCUGACAACCAUCUUGUGGAGUGGCACAGAACUCCCACAACUCAGGAGACUGAUGGCUUCCAGGUGAAAAGACCUGGUGAUGUCAGUGUGCGGUGCACGUUACUCCUAAUGUUGGAUUACCAGCCUCCACAGUUUAAACUGGACCCACGAUUAGCCCGUUUGCUGGGGAUACACACGCAGACCCGAUCAGCUAUCAUCCAGGCUCUCUGGCAGUACAUCAAAACAAAUAAGCUGCAAGAUUCCCAUGAUAAGGAAUACAUUAACUGUGACAAGUACUUCCAACAGAUUUUUGACUGUCCACGGCUAAAGUUUUCUGAAAUUCCUCAGAGACUGACCAACUUGCUGCUGCCACCAGAUCCUAUCGUGAUAAACCAUAUCAUCAGUGUUGACCCCAAUGAUCAGAAGAAGACGGCUUGUUAUGACAUAGAUGUAGAAGUUGAAGACCCAUUAAAGGGACAGAUGAGUAGUUUUCUUCUCUCAACAGCUAACCAACAGGAGAUUACAGCAUUGGACAACAAGAUUCAUGAGACAAUCGAAUCCAUAAAUCAGCUAAAAAUACAACGUGAUUUCAUGCUGAGUUUCUCCAAAGAUCCCAAAGGAUACAUCCAAGACCUUCUCCGGUCCCAAAGUAGGGAUCUUAAGGUGAUGACUGAUGUAGUUGGAAAUCCAGAAGAAGAACGCCGAGCUGAAUUUUACCAUGAGCCAUGGUCUCAAGAGGCUGUGAGCAGAUAUUUCUACUGCAAGUUUCUCUUUUUCUUUCAGAUUCAGCAGCGCCGACAGGAGCUGGAACAGUCUCUGGGAGUGCGCAACACAUAAGUAUUGCUCAGAACAUCACAUUGGCAUCAUGACUACAGAACAAGUGGACUCCCCAGCGUUACUUAGCUCACUGUUACACAUGGACCUGCUUCCUGACUGGAUGGAAAUGUACCAUCAACAAAACCAGUCAGAACACCAGCUUUAGAGUGACCCUUGAAAACACCGCCCAUUGGAGGUGUCUCAAAUCAUUCCAGGCCAUAGAUAGCAGAAGUUUGCCGUGCUUUAUACAGGUGUCAGUGCAAAAGAAGAUUAAAGAUUAAUUCAUCAACUUGCAUCAUUGAGUUCUAGUGGAAAGUUCAGAUACUACGCAGCAAAUCCUUAUGGAUUACGCAUAGAAUCAUGGAUGGUAUUGAUGGGGGAGGUUGAGCUGAGUGUUAUAAAAGACUACAGAUUUAGAGAAAUAAAGGUAAUUCUCAUCCUGUGUUACCUAAGAGUCUUAAAUAGUAACUUCUCUGGAAUUAGACAAGAUAGUCCUGAAGUCCUGAUGGUUGUGGAAUGUUUUACAUUCCUGAAUAGAACUUUCAUUAUAGUGCAAGGAGCCAUCAUGCCAUGUAAAAUAAUAAACUAGGAGAGUUUUCAUUCCUGAAAUGAAAAGCUCCUCUGGAAGAAUAAAGUACAUUCAGGACAGUUAUUUUGCAAACUGUAACACUCUCCAUUUCCCCUGCCCCUGCAAUGAAAGGCAAACAGAUUUAUAUAUCACAUGAGUAUGUGCUAUACUGAGAGGAAGAAUUUUUUUUUUUCAGAAUGAAAGCCUUUUAGGCAUUCUCGAGUAUCAGUGGGUUAGUAAAGCAGAAGUUGAAGCAAGAAAUAAGGCAAUCUGAGAAAAUGCGAUUAACUUAAUGGUGCUUUGCUGAUACCUGCCUUGAACACAGCAGAUAUUAACAAUAAGCUUAUAGGUAAAAUAGGAGAUUGGUUAAACAUUUCUUUCUUUGUGUGCCACUGGAGAUCGAGACUAUAAAGAAGUUCUCUGAUUGUUAAGUUGGUUCAGAAUCCAAGAAGCUUAACUUCAUGUAACGUGGCAGUUUUCUCUUUACUUCACAGUCUUAACAGAGUCCCUGGAUUGGUCUUCUUCAAUCAUAGGUACACUGGCUUUUCCUAUGGAUCAUUCAGUUCCCCCAUUCCCUUUAUGUGUUGGUUACAUAGGAUGCUGUUGAAUUAUGAAGUACUAUCAGCCUUAGAUACCCCUUGGAAACCACCUUCUUUGAAAAUACAUGACAAAUGCAGACAAUGGGAAUUAUACCAUAUUGACUUGGAAGCAGAGGCAUCUUCAUUAAAUCCUUCCCCCAUCCUGCUUUUUGUAGUGCAUAGAUUAGUUUGUCAUUAAUGAACCAACAUGAUUUCUAGUCCAAAAAGCAGCUGCCAAAGUAUAACUGGGUCCUGAUGAUGUAGCACUCAAAAUUCUCUUCUAGGCUGCUCCUCUUCAUCUCCUUUCUUUCACUUUCUUGGAAUGAAAGUUCACAUGUGGUAAGGAAUGGAGGCAGCUCUUUUAAGUAUUUAAUUUUGCUAUAGUAAAGUUCUCUUCUGCUGUCUUUGCCAGUUUCUUACAUAUUUGAAUGUAAAAGUUUCUUCUGUCCAGUCACAGAAGACACAAGUCUUCCUUCCGACUGCUUCGCUGAAUAUAUCUGCUUACAUGUUACCAGUGCCAUAGCUUUCACUCUGUCCAUUGUGAUCAGAGGUGUCAGAAAAUUUAGGCUUGAUUGCAGUCAUAUGUUGGCAGUACCACUGUGUAAAAACAUUGGUGUGAGAAAAAGCACAGCUGUACCUCUUUGCCCAAGGCCUUUUCCUGGGAAUGGCUCGGUUUGGGUUUAGUUUAGUUAAAAACCCCUUUUUACACUAAAACCUGAAAUCCUGCAGUCUUAAACUGAGUCUAGGUAGAGGCUGAGAGGUUGCCAGACAGUUAAUGACUUUAAAUCUUAUUUGCUGUAGGACUAUGCUAAUUGCACUACAAGCAAAAAUUAUGAAGGAAAACAGUGGGGAUCAUCUGCUUCUGUGCUUCCAUAUUUGUUACUCUGCUGUGUCAAUUGUGUGCAUGCUGUCCAGUGUAAAAUUCUUUUCUGUAUGUGGUAAACAGAGCAGCUACAUUCAGGGGAUACGCUUGAUCUCCAGGAAUAAUUAAUUCAGAAAAAGAUAAGUGGGGGUGUGAGAAGGGCAUGAAGCUGGGAUAGAUGCCGUUUUUGGUUUUGAGAACAUUGCCAUUUGAGUGACAAAUACUUCUUCAGAGAAAUUCCAGUUACAUGCCACAGCUGGCAAAAUAACUGAGUCUAAUCUACUUCUAGAGUCUCUCUUUAGAAUUAAUUAAUUGGAUGGGUUUUUCAGAGCAAAUUAAUGUAAGUAAUGUGUUGCUGCUGCCCAGUGGAGCCAGAACAGCACCACUGGAAGUUGAAGCUAUGUUAAAUACUAGCGCUGUACUGAAGUGUGUGUGUGAGCGUGCACGUGCAUGCUCGUGCAUGAGUCAGCCACUGUACAUGGCCAUCCAAAAUCCAAAUUCUUAUGUCUUAUGGUCCAUAUUCCUACUGCACAUAAAAAGACUGUUCACCAGUGAUGAGUCUUAGGAACAGUUGUCAGGUGUCUUCCUUGUGGUGAAAAUGCAUCUGUGAUUUUAAUGCUUUUACCUUGGGCUCUGAAGCAGUUUGGGCCUUUGUCAUCUAUCCCAGGGGUGUAGCCAGGUCUUGGUUUUUGGACAAAUGUGACAUUAUAUUUGAGGAGAAGCAAUGGAACAGUUCUGGAAGGAACUGGAGCAAAUGCAGCUUAGGCAUGUGAAAAUGAAAGUUGAUGGUACUGAGCUGGCAUGUAAUUGCAGCAGAUUUUGAAUAAUAAAUUCAUCUGAGUCUUGAGAUGAUGGUAUUUUUUGGCUAGAAAAAAAAUGGCAAGAAAUAUUUUGCGUUUCUUUGGUUUCUGCCACAGUACAAUACAAAUAUGAGCGUACUGCAAAAAUAAAUUGAACAAAUAGAUAAAAUCUGUGCACAGAAAUAGUUAAUUUACAGGUGAUAAUAUAGAUUGUUAGAAAAUAUAGCACAAAAUCAGGACAGAGUUAAAACAAUUUCUGGAAUGCAAUAAAAGGGAAAUAUAUCUUGAAGCUGAAAUGUUGGCAUAACAGCUAAAGGAAAAACAAAUGUUUGAUUGUGGAAGAAAAAUAACAGGAUAGGGAGAAGAAUAUCACAAUUGUAAAAGGAAGGAAGAAAUGGGAGCAGGGUGCCACUGAAGUGCCAUUAAGACAUAGCACAGGAUAACGCACAGAGUACUGCUGGAAGUAGCACAGCUGAUGUGGUUUUGUAUAUUUUGUGUGCAUGUGAAUAUGUAUACGUGUAGAGGUCAGGUGUGAGUAUCAUUCUCAACUGGUAUUUAGUUGGGGAAAUGGGCAUGCAGGGCACAGCCACGUGUACUGUGUAUCACUUUGGAGACUCAUUUUCCAAUCAUUAUCAACAGGGAUUUAGCCAUUCCACUUAACCAGCACUGGUUGUUCCAGUGCAUGCAUGGCUUCAGUUGACAGCUUUUUAUAUCACACUGUGUAGAAUUUAUCCUGAUGAAGCUGGUGAAAGUAUUGGUAUUGUAUGCUACAAGUCCACGUUUUUCAAAAACAGUAGUGAGAUGUUGGUUUUUUUUUCUGCUUGUGUUGAGAAGCCUUUUUAUGGCAGCACAAAGAGAUGAAGGGGAAAUGAAGGCUUUUUUUUUUUCCUGAAGAAAGAGGUCUCCUUUCUGUAACUGCUCUGUUCUUUAAUAGGAUGUAUCUGUUCUACCAGAUCCUGUAUGAUUAACUCCUUUUCCAAUCUCAUUGAAGAAAAGUACUCCAUUUAAAAAUACAGCUGUGAGUUUGUGAGUGAGCAAAUAUAUUCAUACGGGGAGAUGGAAGAGAGACUCCAUCUAUUCUGUAGCCACCGUAUCUUCACUGUAUGAUGAUGAGUGAGUGGUAGAAAAGCUUUUAACAAUAAAUGCUUUGUUUCUUUGUAA